UAAAAAAUCCUAGCAAUCCUACAAAUGCACUUGCUAUAUGUAAUUGGUGUAUAGCUAAAAAUAGUAGUUUAGAAGCAGCUAAAAUCAAACCUGAAUGCAAAGAAAUUGAACAAAUUUUAUCAUUACCAGAUAAUGAUAAAAUUUUUGUACCAGUAAUAAAGCAAGGACAAUCCUCUACAACUUUUACAAUCGCACGAUCAGGUUCUUCCACAUCAAGUCCUAAUCAAUUAAUAACCAAAUUUUUGUGUCAUCCUUUGUCAUCUAAUAAUAGAUCGCAUUUUGAAGAACUUUUACUUCAGAUGAUUGUUUCAAAUGCUUUACCAUUUACUUUUGUUGAAAAUGAAGAAAUAUUAGAAUUAUUCCAGUUUAUUGCUCCAGAACUUGAAUUGCCAAAAAGAAAAGUUAUAAGUGAUAAAGUGUUAAUUAAAAGUGCACAAACAUUUUGUAAUGAUAUUAUUAAAGUAGCAAGCAGUGAUAUGGACAGAGUAACUGCAGUAUUGGAUGGGUAG